AUGCCCGGUCGUUUAUUGAGCACCCUCGCGCGGGUAGCUCCAACGCCAUCGCCUAAAUCGGACCCUGCUAAACCGCACGCCGAAGGUCUACUUCCGCCUGUCUACUCGUAUGAUGCGCCAAGAGUAAAGGCAAAGUCAAAGUCCGAAGAGUCGCUCGUCAUGGACAUCUUCAACCGCCACAAGCAUGACAAGCAUGCGAAAGAGAAGGAGGACUUGAAGAAGAGUCCCAAGGUUGAGGCUCAGGGUGCUGCUUCAAUGAACAUGAGUGUAGAGUCGCCACCCAUUGUUUUCUACAACAGCCCGCAAGCCUCAACCGGCGCAAUCUUCUCCGGUCAGCUCAUGAUCAACGUUCAUGACCCGUUUAUUACGGUAGAAAAGUUUGAAAUGCGCAUGCUUGCCAUUGUUACUACAAAAAAGCCCGUGGCUCCACACUGCCCGGAGUGCAGCACCCAGACCACGGAAAUUCACAAGUGGGAGUUUCUGACACACCCCACCUCUCUGCGCCACGGCCCGCACAGCUUCCCCUUCAGCCACCUACUGCCCGGUCAUCUCCCCGCAACCACACAUGGAAGCUUAGCAACUAUCGACUAUUAUCUCUCCGCCGUCGCCACAACCUCAUCGGGCAAGAUUACUUACAAGCGCAACCUUGACAUCAAGCGCGCCAUCUUCCCGGGUGCUGAGAAGCACUCGAUCCGCAUCUUCCCACCCACCAAUCUGACCGCCUCGGUCAAGCUACCUCCGGUCAUCCACCCAAUUGGCGACUUUCCCGUCGAGAUGCGUCUUUCUGGCAUUGUACUGAACAAAGCGGAUUCUCAGACACGCUGGAGGCUUCGCAAGCUUAACUGGCGCAUCGAGGAGACCCAAAAGUUCAUUUCCCCAGCUUGCCCCAAGCACGUCUCCAAGGUUGGAGGCGAAGGCAAGGGUGUCCUCCACGAGGAUGUCCGCGCCAUUGCCAACGAAGAGGUCAAGACUGGCUGGAAGACGGACUUUGAAAAGGGCGAGAUCGAUGUCGAGUUCCAGGCUGCAUGCAACGUCGGCAUGAAGCCUCUGUGCGACAUGGAGAGCUCGAGCGGCAUGAGCGUCAAGCACAACUUGAUCAUCGAGAUGGUUGUCGCUGAGGAGUGGGCGCCAUUGAAGAAGCUCAGCCAGGCCACUCCCACCGGCGCUGCACGUGUCCUCCGCACUCAAUUUCACCUUGUCCUCACCGAACGCUCCGGAAUGGGCAUCGCUUGGGAUGAAGAACAGCCCCCGCUAUACGAGGACGUUCCCAUGAGCCCACCCACCUACGUCGAAGAAUGCGAAUAUCCAUUCUCGAACAGCAGCUCGCGAUCUGGUAGCUUCAGUCUUGAGCACUAGAUGCGACAUCUUCUCUUUCCUUUGUUCAGUAUACCCCAUUUUCGAUCAACAAUCUUCACGAAUUUCCUUACUAGGCCAUUGGCUCAUCUUCACUCUGAUUUCAUCCUUAGUGGGAUGUGUAGGAUAUACCCCAUUUGCAUUUAUUUUGGCGCUGUCGUUUCGUGACCGCCAAAUGGCGUUAUGGUUCAUUGCUGGUCUGCUUGAGUUGAGCCCAUGGAGAGCCCCUCUUGCAUGGUAUACAUAUCCAGCAGGCGUUUGGAAACACAUAGAAAAGUUUGUUUGAUUCAUCGCAGGUCGUCAGCGUACGAUCCUCCCAACAGCACAUACUUAGUAAUAGCCAAAACAUGACCUUACUCUCUCACAAACCUCUCCCAUCAAUACAAGUUUAUGCACCCA